GGGCGGCAGUAACGUUUGAAAGUGUACUGUAUCUGUGUUGUGCCGGUCAUGAGAACAGAGAGAUAAAAUGGAGGUAGCUGCCGUGCUCCAUAUGGUCGUCAGGUCGCUGCUGUUCGCGCUGCUGUGGUCAAACUGUGAAGGGAGAGAGUCGGAGCUCAACUACGUGACGUGCGGCUCCCUGGUCAAGCUGCUCAACACCAGACACAACGUCCGCCUGCACUCCCACGACGUCAAGUACGGCUCAGGCAGUGGACAGCAGUCUGUAACUGGAGUGGAAAACGCAGACGAUGCCAACAGUUACUGGCAGAUCCGUGGAAAGCCCAACCGUCCAUGUCAGCGCGGAGCAUCCAUCAAAUGUGGUCAGGCCAUCCGCAUCACACACAUGAAGACUGGCCGAAACCUCCACACACACCACUUCAGCUCACCCCUGUCUAACAACCAGGAGGUCAGCGCCUUCGGAGAGAACGGCGAGGGUGAUGACCUGGACGUGUGGACAGUGCAGUGUGACGGCGUCCACUGGGAGCGCGACGAAACCGUGCGCUUCAAACACGUGGGCACGGACGUCUUCCUGAGCGUGACGGGCGAACAGUACGGCCACCCAAUCCGCGGCCAGCGGGAGGUGCACGGCAUGAGCUCCUCCAGCCCGCACAACUGGUGGCGCGCCAUGGAGGGCGUCUUCAUUCAGCCCAGCCAGGAGCUGCUGCGCCAUGAUGAGCUCUGACAUCAUCACCAGGGCUCGUUCCUGCACAUGUGAAGCACUCAGGGUGUCCGGAGAAGGGAGAUAUAUAUAUAUACACACACACAUACACGUUUAUCUGUGUGUAUGUGUGUGUGUGUGUUACAGAUGUUAAUAAUAAACUGUUUAACCGUUAACCGACAAUAAGAAUUUGGACUGAUUACUACUAUCAGUUAAACAAUUUUUAAAAAUGUGUGUGUGUGUGUGUGUGUGUGUGUGUGUGUGUGUGUGUGUGUGUGUGUGUGUGUGUGUGUGUGUGUGAGAGGGAUGAUCCCGCUCAUCAGACACUUAUCCUCUUGACUGGUGGGAAGCGAAUCAGAUGUGCUUCCUGAGGCUGGCCGCUCUAGCAGGCGCUAUCUGUGCAUUCCUGGGACAUCGGUAUCAUCCCGUCUCACAGUUAACAGACUGACAGCAGACUAACCCCACAGCAUGUCCACAUGUUGCUAUUUCUGAACAGACACCAGUAGACUUACAGUGCUGUCGCUGCUCUUAUACUGUUUAUACAUCAGAAAGUCUGGCUGCGAUUUGCUAUUUUAAGUUAUGAAAUAUUUUCCUCCACUAUUAUGCUGGUUCUGCACAUGUAAAAAUGAACCCCUUCUUAUGAAGAGAAAACAUAUUUCUUUAAUGGGUCACAGACACUCGUCCAUUCUAAAUAGUACAUUUUGAUCUUGUCGGUUAACGGUUAAUGGUUGUUUAACGGGCGUCGGCUAUCGGUCAGAAAAAAAAUUCAAAAUGAGGCUCCCUAAUGUGUGUACUUGUAUGAUCUAUGUAAGGACAGGUUUGACUUUUAGACCUUUGGAGUGAGGACAUUUUGUUGGUUGCUGUUUGAGGGUUUACACUUGAUUUUAGGGUUCGGGUUAGAAUCAGGUUUACAGUGUAUGAAAUCCUUUGAAUUCAUUUUUCCCUCAUCAAUCUACGCUCAAUAUCCCAUAAUGACAAAGUGAUGGAAUUUUAGAAAUUUUUGCAAAUUUAUUAAAAAGGAAAAACUAAAAUACAUCUUCAGACCCUUCACUCAGGACUGAGUUGAGUCUUUGUCAGUGACAUGACCUGACGCUUAUAACUGAGACCAUAUAGAGGAGAGGCUUCGUAUCCACACUCUGUCACAGAGCUCAGAUCAGCGGAGAGCUGAACUUCUGUGUCAAUGUAAUAUUUCCAUUUUUUCUUUUUCAUAAAUUUGCAAUGUAUGAUAUUUUUAUUGUCACAUGCUGUUAUGGUCUCAGCACAAACGGUGCAGAACGUUGCUUUUCCCUGUUGAAAUCAUUGUUACACAUGUCACACUGUCGAGCAGAACGGAACCUCAGACAGACAAGUCAGCAGUAAGAGAUCUGAGAGCCAUGCACCAGGUUUCACAGGACACAAUGAGAAAAGCAGUGAGUCAGGCAGUGGUUGCCCCGGCGACUCACCUGGUAGAGCGCCGCCGUGGCCCGGGUUCCAGUCCGUCCCGUGGCCACUGGCUGCAUGUCCCCUCUCUCCUUCCCUGACUUUCCUGUCUCUGUCGCUGCAGCUGUCCGAUACAAGGCAAAAAAUGCCAAGAAAAAAAAUCUUAAAUAAUAAACAAUAAGUCAUUUGAAAUAUUUAAUAUAAUUAAUUUAAUACACUGGGAAUUUUUAUAUUAGGUCUUAAAAAUGUAAAGGAAAAUAAAAAAAUAUACAACA